AAUUUUUUUCAAAAAAUAAAUAUAUUUCAGAAAAACAAAUAAAAAAUAUAUAUUUUUUAAUUAAAACAACAAUAAAUAAAUAUGGAUAUCAUUAUGACCCACGAUAAGGCAGUUUGUACCGAUGCACCGAUGAGACCAAAAAAGUCCAAAGACGAAAAUGAUUUGGAACGUUUGAGAAAAUCCUCCAGCGCCCAGGGUGAAAAGAAAAAAUCCGAAAGUAAAAAAUUGAAGAAGAAACUAAUACAAAUCGAAGAACAAAAUGAGUCUUUGUCGAAAAUGAUCUAUGAAAAGAAUACGGAAAUUGUGGAGUUGCGAAAAUCUGUAAACUCUUUAAAUGAUGUGCUCAAUUCAGUGCCGCUUGACGAACUCAGAUGUAAUUCAUCAAUUGCCUGUACGAAGUUAUUGGAUUUGACGAAGAAAAAUCGCCAAUUGAGGGCUGAAUUGGAAACGACGAAAAAUCGAUUAAAUCGCAAAGAAGUGCAAAUACAAAAAUUGGAAAAGGAUUUGAAACUGGCCGAAGAAAAGUCUCAGCAGGAUAGAGAUUUUGUGAAGAAGGGGUCCUCGCCCAUCGAUGAACUUCAAUCGAAACUAGUUUCAAUGCAACAGAAACUUUUUGAAACUCGCAAUAAAAAUGUCGAAUUGAACAAUCAACUCAAAUUGGCGCAAAAAUGUUUACAACAGGAAAUUGGUGAGAAUUUCAAUUUGAAUACUUUGGCUUCGCAUGCCACAAAUUCCAAUUGGCGAGGUAGGGCUCAACAGAUCUUACAUUUGCAACAGAAAGUGCAAGAGCUUAAGGCACGCCUCGAACAGCAAGAACCACAAAACUUCGAUGGUUUUCUUUCGUCCAGUGAUGUUCCUGAAUCAUGUGUAACCUACGUGGGGGGUUGUGGUGGCGCAAACAGUAUACAUUCCAUGGAUCGUCCAAAUGUUCGAAAAACUGAAUUACAACAUCGUGUCAAAGUUGAAAAUUUGGAAAAAGAAAUCGCUUCACUUAAGGGCCAACUGGAAGAUUCGCAAAGUAAAAUUCUCGCUCUCAAAGUUCGCAAUAAAACACUCAACGAUGAAAUUUCAAAACAUAAAAUGAAGGCCAAUAAUCUGGAAGAGCAAAGUGAUUUCAAUAGCAUAAAUCUGGCGACAAUGAAUGAUAAAUUAAAUCAGCAAAAAUUGCAAUAUGAAAAGAAAAUUGCCGAUGUGACAGACAGUUUGAAAGAGCUGACCAAGGAGAGAGAUGAUUUAAAAUUGAGAGCCGAACAUUUGCAGUCAAAAAUUGAGGAAUUGGAGAAUAUAAUUGGAAAUAAAGAUGAUAAUAUUAUUGAGCUGCAGGAAGUCAAUAGAAAAUUGGAAGCAGAUAUGAAGGCAUUGUGUGGAGGAUUUCUGUUUUCUUGUCGUGAAUUGAGAAAGGAGGAAUUCAUAACCAUUUUGGAUACUUUGGAAGCGGAAAAGAAUUCCCUAAUGGAACACAAUAAAACCCUAAAUGAGCGUAUCGAACAGGAACGUUUAAAAAAUGAUAAUCUACAAGAACAGACGACCAAACAAAAGAUACGAAUUGUACGUCUCGAAUCGAAAAUUCGUGAUAUGGAACGUGAUAUCGAAACGAAUAACGAGAAGAAGAAACGUACUCAACGUAUUGCAGAAUAUGCCUCAAGUUUAUCGGCGAUAAGUAGUAAUACAUCCCUGAUGUCCUUCACCUUCGAAAAUAGUUCCAUUCUCAAUAUUCCAAAUUGUAAUAAUACGGAUGGUGAUAUGGGUGGCGAAGUGGCAAAUGUAACAGAGCUAAGAAAUCGAUUGGAGCUGGCCAGUGAAAAAAUUGCGAUGCUUCGUGAGAAACUUGACUAUAUUUGCGCUGAAAAGGAGAGUGAUCUCAAAACCUUUGAAGAAAUCAUAAACAAUACGAAAAAUAUGAUAAUUGAAACAUUAUUGGCACAGCGAGCUAGUCUCUCCAGUUUGGAUAUUAAGUGAGAAUUAUUAAAAUUCGGUUUUAAAGAGAA